UUCCGGUUGGUUGCUAUGGUAGCCGACGUCAACUUCCGGCAGCUGUUAAAAAGCGAGGAAGGCUUGAAUUAGGAAAAAAGAGAGAGAGGGGAAAAGGGGAGUCAGAGGCAUGCCGCCCAAGGAGAAAGCGAAGCGCAAGCAGAGCCAAGCUGGACUUAAACCUUCAAAAACAAAUUUAAGGAGACGGGAUGACGACAGUGGUGUCGAUCUGGGAGAGGGGACAGAUGAAUGGUCCCAGGCCAAGACAUUGCUCAAGCCCCAGGACCAGCUGGAGUUGACAGAUGCUGAAUUGAAAGAGGAGAUCACCCGGAUUCUGACUGCUAACAACCCUCAUGCUCCACAGAACAUUGUCCGAUACAAUUUUAAAGAGAGAGUCUACAAACAAACCACUGUCGUGGAGCAAGUUGCUGUUCAUUUCUCCCUUUGUGGGAACCUGAUCUCCAGAGAUUCAGAUGAGGGUCGGAGGCAGAGCGUAAGGGACAGCCAGAUCUCUGCUGCAGGUCCUGUCUCAUCUGUUGUGGUGGACUUUGAAGCCCUGGAUGAAGAACUUAGAGAGGAAGAGGAAGAGGAACCAGGUGAAGCAAAAGAAGGUGAAGGAGAAGGUGAAGGAGAAAAAUCUGCUGAACCGGCACCAGCCCCAGAAGAAGAAGAAGAACAGAUUCGUCCCCGGCCAGCGCAAGAACGAAAGCUCACCAACCAGUUUAACUUCAGCGAGAGAGCCUCUCAGACCUUCAACAACCCUGUGAGGGAUAGGGCAUGUCAGAUGGAGCCUCCACCCAGAGCCACCUUCUCUGAUACUGCCAACCAGUGGAAAAUCUAUGAUGCCUACAUGGAGGAACUCCAGAAACUGGAAAAGUCAAAGGAGAAAGAAAAACAAAAGGCCCCAGUGACAAAGAAGGAAGACUUGAUGAGGGGAAGAAAAUUAACUUCGCUAGAAUCUCAGAGUGAUGACGUCACCAAGGUAGCAAAGGCAGCAAAGAUCGUGGAGCGAAUGGUCAACCAGAACACCUUUGAUGAUGUUGCGCAAGAUUUUAAAUAUUACGAAGACACCUCUGAUGACUACAGAGACAACCUGGGGACCCUCCUUCCUCUCUGGAAGUUUCAGUAUGAUAAAGCCAAGAGACUGGCUGUCACUGCCCUCUGCUGGAACCCCAAAUACAAGGAUUUAUUUAUCGUGGGACAUGGCUCUUAUGACUUCAUGAAGCAGAGCCGGGGGAUGCUUCUGCUGUACACUUUAAAGAAUCCAUCCUUCCCAGAGUAUAUCUUCAACAGUGAGAGUGGCAUUAUGUGCCUCGACAUCCAUGUGGACCACCCCUAUCUUAUUGUCGUUGGUUUCUAUGAUGGCAAUGUGGCCAUCUACAACCUGAAGAAGCCUGCCAGCUCCCAGCCUGGCUACAAGAGCUCAGCCAAGUCCGGCAAGCACACUGACCCUGUGUGGCAGGUCAAGUGGCAGAAAGAUGACAUGGACAAUAACUUGAACUUCUUUUCAGUCUCUUCCGAUGGACGCAUUGUCUCCUGGACACUGGUUAAGAACGAACUGGUUCAUACGGAUAUCAUCAAACUGCUGGUGGAAGGGACAACGAUGGAAGGGCCAGAGGGCCUGCAGCUGAACACCAUUGGCUGUGGGACCUCGUUUGACUUUCACAAGAAGAUUGAUUAUUUGUUUCUUGUGGGCACAGAGGAAGGGAAAAUCUACAAGUGUUCCAAGUCCUACUCCAGUCAGUUCCUGGAUAUCUUUCAUGCACACCACAUGGCAGUUGAUGCUGUGAGCUGGAACCCCUUCCACAGCAAGGUCUUCAUUUCCUGCAGCUCUGACUGGACUGUGAAGAUCUGGGACCACACCAUCAAGACUCCCAUGUUCAUCUAUGACCUGAACUCUGCUGUUGGCGAUGUGGCCUGGGCGCCUUAUUCCUCCACUGUCUUUGCUGCUGUUAGCACUGAUGGCAAGGCCCAUGUCUUUGAUCUGAGCAUCAACAAGUAUGAACCCAUCUGCAACCAGCCAGUGGCUUCUAAGAAAAGGAACAAGAUCACUCACAUCCAGUUCAAUGCCAUCUAUCCCAUUGUCAUCAUUGGAGAUGAGCGAGGCCAUGUCACGUGUCUGAAGCUUUCUCCCAACCUCCGCAAGAUGCCCAAGGAGAAGAAAGGCCAAGAGGUCCAGAAAGGCCCAGAAGUGGAGAUUGCAAAGCUGGACAAACUAUUGAACCUGGUGAGGGAGCCAGCAGCCAAAAGCAGCAAAUGAGGCCUGAAGCUCUUCAUUCAUCCCAAUCCUCCUCUUCAACCCAUGAUCGGAAGCACCAGGCUCUGGGAACAAGCAGCCCUUUGUGGGGAGCAGAGCUCUGAGUGGACAGCUGCAGCAAAGCCUUGGGAGUCUUACACAAAGAGGGUUUGUACUUUUGCAUCUAGAAAAUAAAAGCUGAGUAUUGA